GGAGACAAACAUCAUCGUCAGGAUCGGGGGGAAGAAAACAAAAUCCACGAGGAAAGCGUUGGCUUUCCGCGGAAUAGCCACCGAGAACCCGGUCCCUGCCGACUUGGUCCUCCCCCGAUUCCGUCACCCGUCUUCCUCCCUAUGCCUUUCCUCUCCCUGAGAAAAUCCCACUCGUAUCCGUAGAUUCUCCGCCUCCAGACUUCGCAGGUGUAAAGAUGAGUUUUGUUUUCCGCGGAAGUAGAGGAGAUUUAGAAAGCGGCUUCUCUGGGUUUAUACCCGAAAGACGGGCUAUGCGUAUUCAUGCCGCUCGGCCGGUUAACUCGAACUCACUUGCUUUUCUCGUAACCGUGCUUUUGCUAUUCAUGAUUCUCAACUCGCAUCAGAUGCCUCCCAAUUUUCUGCUUUGGCUUGUGCUUGGGGUAUUUUUGAUGGCAACGACCCUUAGAAUGUAUGCGACAUGUCAACAACUUCAAGCUCAGGCUCAGGCUCACGCUGCUGCUGCAAGUGGCCUCUUCAGCCAUACUGAGUUGCGGUUGCAUAUGCCACCCUCCAUUGCUCUUGCGACCAGAGGGCGUCUCCAAGGGCUCAGGCUCCAGCUUGCUCUUCUCGAUCGGGAAUUUGAUGACCUUGAUUAUGAAACUCUAAGGGCGCUUGAUUCUGAUAAUGUUCCGACAACUGCCUCUAUGAGCGAGGAAGAGAUAAACGCCCUUCCGGUUCACAAAUACAAGGUUCCGGGUCCUGAAAACGGUUGCGCCUUGGCACAGCAGGCGUCAUCAUCAUCCUCAACUGAGGUAAGUUCUUUUAAGCAGAAGAAGCAAGAUUCAAGUAAAAAGGGAGCAGAAGACGAGCUGACAUGUAGCGUUUGCCUCGAGCAAGUGAACGUUGGGGAACUUGUCCGUAGCUUGCCUUGCUUGCAUCAGUUUCAUGCAAGUUGCAUCGACCCAUGGCUGCGGCAACAAGGGACAUGCCCUGUCUGUAAAUUCAGAGCUCGUUCGGGAUGGCAAGAUGUGGAACGGGAAGACGCCAUGGAUGCUUCCGACAUGGUUUGAAGCCGACAGCCAUCCAUGUGAUGCCGAGAACAAUGUGGAAAGAUCUUAAAAGAUCGGAGAUCUUGUAAUGGCACAAUGUCUUACUGUGGCUUUGUCUACCGACUUCAAACCCAAAUCAAGGAAACACCAUCUUUAGUGACUUUAUAACCUCUUCUAUUGAAAUAUAUAGCCAUCAUAUUAUUAU